AUGGUUAGCAAUCUACCUACAAAUGGAUCCCCUCGUUUUGGCUAUGGUACAAUGAUGGUGAGAUCAAGUGUUGCAGAACACAGAAGGACCAGACAAGUUCUGAAUAUAAUCGCAAGGGUAUCCAAAGAUGAAUCUUUCAUGGAACUUUAUGAACCAAAUUUGACAAUAGUUCAAUCUUCCUUGGAGCCCAUGUUUUUUGAGGUAGAGCUAAAAGAUGAGGAACCCAAUGUUGAAUUACACUUGAAUAACUGCUGGAUGACUUGGUCUUCAGACUUUGAAAGCACCUCACAAUGGAACAUUACUGUGGAUGGGCAAGUAGAAGUAGCUUAA